AGUAAAACCACAAAAUUAAAGACAACAGUAGUUUUCCAUAAAAAUUGUAAAAUCCGCAAAAUGCUCAAUCCAACAGUAGCCCAAUUGAUCGUUUGGCUGUUGAUUAUAUAAAUUGGGCUGACUAACUAACAAAAAUCGACAAUAAUAGCCCAUUAUGAUCGGAGAUCUCAUUACAAAUCAAACUAAUAUAUAGAGACAUAGAGUAAUAGUUUUUUUUUAAUUUAUCAACAAGAGUAAUAGGUUUAUAUGGAGAUGUUAUUAUAUGACAUAUUUCCGACUAAAAGAUUCUUACGAACAUGAUUAAUGGAUUUUUUUAACGGAAUAUAAGAAACAGUUUCUUUAACUUUUGACUAAAAACUAAAAAACGAUUCUUAAAUAUCUUAUUUAAGAGUUGAUUCUUAAUUUUUUUAGUUAAAAAUUAAAAAAAACGAUUUUUCUAUAUUCUGUUAAGUACCCACCCUAAAAAUUCCCUUUAGUCAUGUUCUAAAAUCAUCACAUAAUCAUGUAUCUGUUUUUUAUUCAUGCUUAUAUAACACUUUUUUAAGCCUUCAACACACACGCCGGAGUUGGAGUACUACUAUGUUGACACAAAUUUAAACGUGCACCCAAUCAAGUCUCUUCCCUCCAACCUCUAAUGGACACGUAUCUUAUACUAAUUUUUAAAAUAUUUCUAUCACAUUUGUUCUAUAUAUUUAAGGUCAUGUCUUGAGAUCAAACAUUUACCAACAAAACAACGCCCAAUCAAGAAAAGCUUUUGAUAAUGACAUCCUCAGGCACCGGCGCUUCCUUCCUCCUCCUCCUUCUUGCACUGGUGAUGGUUGUGGCCACUGCUGAUUAUUACGUGCCACCACCAACCACGCACACUCCUUCAGAACCUUACGUUCCGCCCACCAACUUCACAUCUCCGGUUAAGACUCCAUACUUGCCAAACACUGAAAUCGCCAUCGAAGGUCUCAUCUUCUGUAAAUCUGGCAACGAAACCUACCCUCUCCAAGGGGCCAAGGUCAAUGUUGUGUGUCCUAUCGUGGACUCAAACGGAAGGCUAGUGGCUAAGGCUACACUCUCGAGCUACCCAACGGACUUGAAAGGAUACUUCUACUUCAUCACGUACGGACUCUCCCACAAGGUGAAGAGCAUCAACGGCUGCAAAGUGAAGCUUGAGAGCUCUCCGGUCUCCACGUGUAAGACUCCGACAAAUGUCAACAAAGGUGUCACCGGAGCUACACUCUCUUCUGACAGCUCCAAGUUCAUUAGCCGCGACAACUUGGACCUAUACAUCCUUGAACCUUUCUAUUUCUCUAGCCCAGUGUCUCCCAAACCGGUUUACUAAGAAUUACAAUCGAUCAUUAGACCGCGGUUUAUGUAUAUAAUAUAUUGUUCGCUCUUACUCUAUAAUCUACUCUCGUUCUUUGAUUCCUGGCCAUGUUUGCCAUUUGAUUUUUUUUUUUGGAACAAACCAUACUUUCAUUACUACUAGAAUUCAAGUUUAAGGAGCAUAUAAUGCUUAUUUUCAAGACGAGGAACAUAAUUAAAGGAGAUAGAUACAAGGGAUCCACAGAGAUGUCAUGCAAGAUUCCUUAAAUGUCAAUGAGCUUGUCUUGUGAGGACAGCGUAGAUACGAGCGUUUUCGAGUCAGACCAAAAGAUGACCAAGGUGAACCCCAAAGAUACUGCAUCUGAGAGUGCAGCUUUAACCGCAAAAGCUUCUGCAAUAAGAGCAGGACCGACAUGGCUGCGGUUUGAAAACAUGGAUCAUGUAGAUCCUGUUAUAGGGUCCUUGAAAAUCCAGCCAAAACAUCUCUUAUUUGUCGCCGAGAUCCAAGCUGCAUCAACAAAACAUUGCGUCUGUUUGAGCAAAGGAGUGGGCAUGGACAACUUAGGACAAGUGCUUUUUUGUCGCCGUUAACACCGAUAAUGAGUUUAUCAUAUACCCAAUUAUUACACUUAGGACAAGUGCUUUUUAUACUUGUAUUUUUUAUUUUCGCCAGUAAGUUAGUGAUCAUUAUUACUCAAUUUCUCAAGUAACCGGGAAAUACGGCGGAAACGGAUAUUUAUUGUCAAAUACACAACUCGAAACUUACCUUGAAUAUGCAAUAUGAAGAAGGCACAUGCUCUAUCCGCUCUAUUCGAACAACUAGUACUGCUAGUGGGGUUUGCUUAAGUAAAAACCACAAUAUAAUAAACGAAAAUUAGCUGGUUAAAAACAGGGCCGUGCCUGCAAAAGUUGGGCCCUGAAGCAAAAAAAAAUUUUUUGGCCCUUUACUUUCAGAAAAUAUAUAAAAAAGUUGAAAAUUGCUUCCUCGUUAGUCGAACCCGUCACCUUGAGAUAAAGGCAUGAUGUUUUAACCAAUAGAGCUACAUCAACUUUACGUACAGAUUGGCCCUAUAAACUAUAAUAGCCGUUCGGGCCCUGAAGCACAUGCUUUAUUAGCUUGUGUUCAGGCCCGGCCCUGGUUAAAAAUACAAUUGAUCUUAUACUUCAGUACAAAAGUCGUUUAUAUUUUCUUACUUAUGCAAACAGUUCAACUUAGGGCUGGGCAAAUAAACCGAACCCGAAAACCCGAACCGAAUCCGAUCCGAUAAAAAUGAAUCCGAACCGAUCCGAACCCGACAUAAAUACCAAAUGGGUCUUGUUUUGUGGUAUUUCGGGUUAUGGGUAUUAUCCGAACCGAACCUGAAUCUAAAUGGAUAUCCGAUAGAACCCGAAACAUUCAAAACCUCGAAAAGAUCUUGUACCAAACAUGAUCUCAAUUCCUAAUAUGUAUCCAAAAUACACUAAGAAAUAUUGAACAUAUAAAAUACUUAUCUAUUACAUGAAGGUUGGUGGUUCUAUUACAUGAAGGUUGAUGGUUAAAGAUGGCCGUUGAAUUUUGAAGUAUUUAGAUUUUGAUUUUGUUUUCGUUAAACAAUGUUUCUCAUUUCAUGAGAACUUGGUUUUCGUUUUAUGCUUUUAUUUAUCUGGUUUUCUUUUUAUCAGUAAAUAUGUUUACUUUUCGUUUGAUUUUGAAUGAUCACGGUUGAUGUUCCUUAUUUUUGAAUCGAUUUUACUUAAGUUUUGGUUACAAAAUAGGUACAAAUCAGGUAUUUUAAAACUGA